AUGGUGGAAUAUAAGAGCGCCGCGGCGAUUGCUCAGGCUUUGUUUACAACACACGGCAAAGACUCCACAACCUUCAACCGCCUUUUGCGGGAUCGCAUAGGCAAACGCGGUGAUCGCUUCACGGAGGACCAUCCCGAUACUUUCCUGUACAUCGAGCGCAGUAAGAACGCGAAUGUUGUGGCUUACACUGCCCGUUUUGUAGAUGCCGAGACGAAGAAACCCGUCCCCUCCGGUGUCGGAAGAGAUUGUAUCAUCAAGCAUGAUGGUCCCGUUCAUGCCUACUUUAUAACCCUCGAUCCUCAGCAGAUGGAAAAACUUCGGGCGAAGGGCCGCACGAGUCUCAUUGAUGAUCUCAACUUUGUGCAAAGGAAGAUGGCGUAUGGUUGCAGUGGCAAGAGCUUUGACGUAGCCUCGGCGUCCCGGGAGUGCGAUAACCCGGCAGAUUUCAAGCGGUGGAUGAGCGCGUUCGACCCAUAUACGCUUUCGUAUGUGGCGCUGGCCAAAUACCCGACGCUGCUGCUGACGCUAAAACCUGUGAAAGACUCAAAUGGCGAAGAAAAUGACACAGCCGUUGCCCUUAUCGCAGUUAUCGGGGGUGAGCUGAGCGUCGUCAAGAAAAUUUAUGUAAGUAGCACAGAACCUAAGCAUUUUUAUGAACUUCCAACGGUGAACUACAUCGAAGUCUUUGGGGUGUCUGUUGACAAAGGGAGCGACACAUACGAGAAGAAGGCGCCCUGA